GGCAUAAAAGAAAAGACCCUUCUCUUUCUCUUUCUCUCUCUCUCUCUCUCUCUCUCUCUCUCUCUCUCUCUCUAUAUAUAUAUAUAUAUAUAUAUUUUUAUCUUUCUUCUACUUCUUCCAUGAGAGAGGAGGAGCCAUGAAAAACACCAUAAGAUGCUGCAUCUCUUGCAUUCUACCGUGCGGAGCGCUCGACGUGAUUCGCAUAGUGCACUCCAAUGGCCGCGUGGAAGAGAUCAGCGGGAGUAUCCGAGCGAGCGAGAUCAUGAAAGCUCACCCUAAGCACGUGCUGAAGAAACCCUCUUCGUCGUCCGACGACGGCUGUGUCCCGAAGAUUGUGAUAGUCCAGCCGGACGCAGAGCUUCAACGCGGGAAGAUAUACUUCCUCAUGCCGGUGCCUUCAACCCCGGAGAAAACUCGGUCAAGAUCAUCGACGAGAAAGAAAAAAAGAGAGGCCGACAGCAACGCCAACAGCAACGGUGCGUCCAUGACAAACCUUUUGGUAUCUGAUCGGUACUUGAGUGAAAUACUCUCGGAGAAGCUUUCCACGCAAAGGGAUCGACGGCGAGGCCGUGUUGGUGUAUGGAGGCCUCACUUAGAGAGCAUUUGCAUAGAAGAAGAAGAAAAAUAAUGCAAUAGUUGUAUCCUGGUUUGGAAAUUGUGGGGGAUGAUAUGAGCAGUUUUGGUAAGGAUCGAUCUCGGCAUCCGAUAAGGCCAUAAAAGGCUGCGAUUACAUGAAUCUGGAUUGUAUUGAGCUUCAUAUGUCUGUAUUCAAUGGGGGCAUAAAUUCAAAGGCUGUAAUUUUUGUGGGGUUUGUCUUUCUUUGUAGUUCAAAGUCAUCAAGGCCUCAAGGGGAAGAAACUGUUAUUUGGGAGAGACCCACUUCUACUGUUUGAUGUUUUUUUUAAGCAGUGUAUGAAUAAAAUCUGGAAGCUGAUUGUGAUAUGAAUCA